UCUGAAAUUUUAAGAAAACUGGGACUUAAACCCUAUUUGAAAACUGAAACUACUACUAUAUCUGCAGCUCCAGUUGUAUGAGUCAUGGCGAAACAAAGUAGAGAAGCCAUUAUUAACAUGGUUUCUUCUUCAUCUUCUUUACAUCCUCCUCCUCCAGUUCCAAAGGAACUUCAUGCCCUAAAUCGAUCAAAAUUAAUUGGAUCUCUUCGCCAACAUCUAUCUUCCUCUAAUCGACCUCUCGAAGGAUUCGUAUUGCUACAGGGAGGUGAAGAACAAAAUCGUUACUGUACUGAUCACACCGAGCUCUUCAGACAAGAGAGUUACUUCGCCUACUUGUUUGGGGUCAAGGAGCCUGGUUUUUAUGGAGCUAUUGAUAUCUCGACUGGAAAGUCGAUUCUGUUUGCUCCAAGAUUACCUGCCGAAUAUGCUGUUUGGUUGGGGGAAAUAAAAUCACCAUCCCACUUUAAGGAAAUGUAUAUGGUUAACAUGGUAUGCUAUACUGAUGAGAUUGUAGAUGUCUUACACGCUCAUCAUGGAGGACCUGGAAAGCCUGUAUUAUUUCUCUUGCAUGGGCAGAACACUGAUAGUAAUAACUUUUCUAAGCCUGCGGAGUUUAAGGAAAUGGAAAAGUUUGAGACUGAUUUAAGUGUGCUGCAUCCAAUUUUAACUGAAUGCCGCACAAUUAAAUCGGAUGCGGAGCUUUCUCUUAUUCAGUAUGCUAAUGAUAUAAGCUCAGAAGCUCAUGUGGAGGUAAUGAGAAGGACGAGAGCCGGCAUGAAAGAGUACCAAUUAGAGAGCAUGUUUCUUCAUCACACCUACAUGUACGGGGGUUGUAGACAUUGCUCGUAUACAUGCAUAUGUGCUACUGGUGGUAAUAGUUCUGUUCUCCAUUAUGGGCAUGCGGCUGCUCCAAAUGACCGGACAUUUGAAGACGGAGAUAUGGCACUGCUAGAUAUGGGAGCUGAAUACAAUUUUUAUGGUUCUGACAUCACAUGUUCUUUCCCUGUCAAUGGAAAAUUCACCAGCGAUCAAAAGCUGAUUUACAAUGCUGUUCUCAAGGCUUAUGAUGGUGUCAUAUCCGAAAUGAAACCUGGAGUAAACUGGGUGGACAUGCACAAAUUAGCAGAGAAAAUUAUCCUCGAGUCACUAAAGGAUGGUGGCAUCCUUAUUGGUGACGUUCAUGAAAUGAUGACUGAAAGAAUAGGUGCUGUUUUUAUGCCUCAUGGUCUUGGGCAUUUGUUAGGCAUCGACACACAUGAUCCUGGUGGUUACCCUAAGGAAAUAGAGAGGCCAAAGGAACCAGGAUUGAAAUCUUUGCGUACAGCUAGAGAUCUCCGAGAGGGAAUGGUGAUAACAGUAGAACCAGGAUGCUAUUUCAUUGAUGCGCUACUGGCUCCUGCCAUGGAAAAUUCAAGCACAUCGAAGUUCUUCAACCACAAAGAGAUUGCAAGAUUUAAAAGCUUCGGUGGAGUCCGGAUCGAAAGUGACCUGUAUAUUACAUCAAAUGGUGCGGACAAUCUCACCAAUUGUCCACGACAGACAUGGGAAAUUGAAGCUGUUAUGGCAGGUGCACCUUGGCCGCUGGAAAAGAAUGCUGCCACUACCAAAUAAGCCAGAGAAAGCCUCGUCAUAAGGUUAUCGUUGGAAUUGCUAGGAGUAAGCUGUUACGGCAGGUGCACCUUGGCCGCUGAAAAGAACGCUGCCACUACUAAAUAAGCCAGAGAAAGCCUCGUCAUAAGGUUAUGGUCAUGUCCAUUACAGCGUGACUUGUAGUGGUUCCUCUACGACAAAAUAGGAUGUUUUACCGUCAUCGUCAGAUUUUGUGUUGAAAUCCUGCUUUUGUUGUUUUUAUCUGGAAUCGUGUUAGCUUAAUUUACAUAUUCAAAUUAGUGACUCGUAAUAUGAUAAUUUCUGAAACUAGGAGUUGUACCCAUAAUCUUGGAUUUGUGUCUUGUAUGAUUUGCAGAUUAGAAAGAAAAUUGAAUUGGCAUAAAUAUUGUCAUCUGUCGG